GAACUAUGGUCAGAAGAAAGUUUCUAGAGAGCAAAAAAUGAACCAACUUGAUGCAACAAAAUCAGGAUUUUUAGUGUGCAUUGGCCUCUGUAUUUUCAUCUUCACUUUUAUCUAUGUAAGAAACACAUUUUCUAAGGUACCAAGUGAACAAAAAUCCUUCCCAGAUACAGCAGAAUGUGGUGUUUAUCCAGAUGAACUUUGUUCAGCGCUUUUUGAGGGGAAAAGUGCUGCACCUCAAAUUGGAAAUGUGUGUCAGAUUAUUCACCAACCUGAAAUGCCUGACUGCAUACGGACUCCAUGCAAUUGCUCUACAGUCUUGAAGAGUCUGCAUUUUAUAACAAGACCACUAUCUGAAGAAGAAGGAAACUUCUCCUUGGCAUACAUCAUCACAAUUCACAAGGAGUUAGAAAUGUUUGUGAAGCUACUCAGAGCCAUUUAUCUGCCUCAGAAUGUUUAUUGCAUACACAUAGAUGAAAAGUCACCACAGGAUUACAAAACUGCAGUGCAAAACCUAGUUAACUGCUUUGAAAACAUUUUUAUUUCAUCAAAAAGAGAAAAUGUUGUUUAUGCAGGAUUUUCAAGAUUACAAGCUGAUAUUAAUUGUAUGAAGGACUUAGUUAAUGCCAAAACUCAAUGGAAUUAUGUUAUUAAUCUGUGUGGCCAGGAUUAUCCCAUCAAAACAAACAAAGAAAUUAUACAGUACAUCAAAAGUAAAUGGAAUGAUAAAAAUAUUACUCCUGGGGUGGUCCAACCUCCUCAUAUGAAACAUAGGACGCAUCUUAGUUACAAAGAAUAUGUACAUUCAGGAACAUCCUACGUGUAUCCAACCAAGAAUAUGAAAGAUGAUCCUCCACAUAACUUAACUAUAUAUUUUGGUACUGCUUACUAUGUACUCACUAGAAAGUUUGUGGAGUUUACACUGACCGAUGUACGUGCAAAAGAUUUGCUUGAAUGGUCAAAGGACACAUACAGUCCAGAUGAGCACUACUGGGUCACACUGAAUCGUUUAAGUGAUGCUCCAGCUGCUACACCAAAUGCACAGUGGGAAGGAAAUAUACGAGCUAUUAAAUGGAAAGAUCAAGAAGGAGUUGCACAUAAUGGCUGCAAAGGUCAUUACAUCCGAGAUAUUUGUGUCUAUGGACUGGGGGAUUUACAGUGGAUCAUUGAAUCACCUAAUUUAUUUGCCAACAAGUUUGAGCCCACAACAUAUCCACUUGUUAUGGACUGCCUAGAGAGACGCUAUAGGCUUAAAGUACUGCAGCAAGCUGAAGUCCCACUAGAAGCCCACUGGCAUUUUCAGGAAAGUAACUAUUUUAAUAUGAAGUUGAAUGUUUGAGCCUACUGAACAUCUAAAAUAUUGAGGAGAAAGAAUGGGAAGAAAUUAGCAACAUGUCUUUUAAAAGUGCAGA